UGUUGUUGUCAGACAGAUUGUCAGUGUCAUGGUGAUUGUCAUUAUUUGUAUCAAGUGUGAAGAGAUAGUUGACGAAAAUUUCUUUUAAUGUGUGUUAAUAACACAUCUCAAACACAUUUGAAAACAUUAAAUUAGAACAUUACUUUUUAAUUCGUAUAAUACAGGGAACCUAAAUCAUGGCCGGAGAGCGUCAAGAUGUUGCUGAUCCCACCGAAGCUGUCGCGAAUGAAUUGCUUGAUAAAAUCGUUUUGAAGCAAUUGCAUUUGAUGGAAGAAAAAAUGCGUUGCGAAUUAAAUAUAGAGACCAGUAUAAAGAAUGGAAGUAUUCAUCUAGCUAAAUCUCGUUAUAUCAUGGGGCAGAGCUCUGUGAGCACAGCACGGCUACCUACCGAGAGCAGCCCUGACUUCUCAGCUUCUACCAUUUGUGAAACAACUGAAGAAGAUGGAGUUAAACUCAUGAAAGCUAUUGAAAAUGAUGCAGAGAAUACUGUUAAUCCUCUCCGUUGGUUUGGUGUGUUAGUUCCACAGAACAUGCAUAAAGCUCAAAGUAUAUUCCAGAAUGCUAUCCACUUUGUUGUAGAGUGUGUGAAUGUUCAGCUACAGUUGCAGAGCAAUUUGAAACUUAUCAACAUGUUGAAACAGUAUAUUGGUUCUAAAAAGCUUACUUAGCCAUCUCAAGUAUCCCAGGCACUGUCUAUGUAUUUAAAUUUGUUUUCACCUUGUAAUUAUUUAUGUUGUUGAGUUUUAAAUAAAACAAAUCAUGAUUCAA